CAUCAGUGACACACACGAGAUUCUACCAAUAAGAUCUCAAAAGAAUUGUAGUUGAUAAAAACAUUUGUUCAACUUUUUGCCAAUUUCUUGAACAAAAAAACUCACAGAGUAGAAAAUAAGUUAAGAUGGCAUCCAGUGAAGGAGCAAAUAAGCCAGAACAAAUCAAUUUGGCCAAUUUAAGUUUAGAACAAUUGGUACAAAUCAAGCAAGAAUUUGAACAGGAAAUCAGUGGUAUUCAGGAAUCCUUACAGACCUUGUAUAACUGCAAAGCGAAAUAUGCCAGCUCAAAGGAAGCUUUAGAGUCAUUCCAACCCGAAUGGAAUGACCGUCAAGUUUUAGUUCCAUUGACUAGCAGUAUGUAUGUGCCUGGGCGUAUUAAGGAUAUGGAUAAUUUUGUUAUUGAUGUCGGUACGGGUUAUUAUGUAGAGAAGAAUCUCGAAGGAUCCAAAGACUAUUUCAAGCGUCGUGUUGAAUUUGUGCAAGAACAAAUUGAGAAAAUUGAGAAGAUACAAAUCCAAAAGAGUCGCUUCUUGAAUGCUGUGAUAGGUGUCAUCGAAUUAAAGCAAUUGGCGGCUGUUAAACAAAUGCAACAACAACAGCAAUCUGCCUAAACUAAAAGGGAACAUCAACGAUGGGAACGAACACACACACGCAGCAGCAGCAGCAGCAGCAACCAACAAAAUUCUACUCAUUUGCAUCAGGCACUUUGAAAGUGCUCUCUAAUCAAUAAAACGAAAACAAAGCAUUAUUUAAAACAACAACAACAACAGCAACAACAAGAACAACAAUUAAAUUAAA